GGGGAGAGGACUGCCCUGGCCGCCGGGGAGCUGAUGGGCACCUACCUUCGCAGGCGGGCUUUGCAGCCCUCCCUUGAUCUGGAACAGCUGGGUGCAGGUGGGACUGUCCCUGGAGCAGCAGGCGGGGAGGAUGGUGGAUGUGCCACUGCGGGAGGGAGAGGGUGCGACAGCCUCACGGUGCCCAUCACUUCCCGGCUCAGCUCCCUGCCAAAUCUGAAGGCAACAGGCACAAAGGAGAAGACUGAAAACGGGACAAGCCAGAGACGAAUCACUGGGCUCGACUUCUCUGCUGCCAAGCUGUUCCGUGGAACUGUUCACACGGAAAAUCGGAGGGAGAAUGGGUUUUUUUCCCCUCUCCAGCUACUUCGUUGUCUCUAGCUUAAUUUUUCAUUACAGUGGCUGGCAGUGGCACAUGAAGGAGACAGGUGACUUAUAUUGCGACAGCCUCUCUUCCUUCCCACAAGGGAGCUGAUAGAUCUCUUUACAGGCAAAAGUUUUCAAUCUCUGUCAUAGCCCACUUGCAGUAUGUAGCAGUUUAUUACUAAUGGAUCUCUUGCAUUAGUGUGCUGGAAUCCAGGCUUUUCAUUAGCAAUCCCUCCCUAGAAAGACUUUCCCCCCUCUAUGUAUGGCAAGGUAACACAUCACAGCUGAUGCAAGCUUUGGCUGAAAAUUUGAUACAUAUGAAGCAAUCUGAGAGAUGAGAAUCUAUGCCAUAUUUUUCAACAUAAAUGGCAAACCUUGCAAUAUGAAUGGAAAGCAAAUGAAAUGCAAAGAAGGAAAGACAGAAAAACAGCUGACCCUAUCACUGAAGGCAGAAUAAGGCCACUUGGUGUGUCUGACUCUCUCUUUUUUUUUUUUUUUUUUUUUAAAUAUCACUUCAAUCCAAUUGCUCAAAGAAUAUGAAAUAAUGAACAUAUUAGCAAGUAAUAGUUGUUGAUUGGUGCCCAUCAUAAAAUGAAAAUGGUCAAUUCUUGAUCUGAUUUAACAUCCAUUAAAAAGCAUCAAACUGUUGCUGAAAUAAUAUCAUAGCAAGUAGUGUUUCAGGUUGGCCAUCCCAGAAGUGAAACUGAACCUAUUCAAUAAGAUACAGGAUAGUGUGUUCUUAAAAUCUGUCCAGUAAAUCUUUCUUCAGGAAAGGUAAGGAAAAAAAAUCACAGUGGAAAUAUAAAUGUAAUGUAACAAGUCAAUCAGAACAUUUCUUUGCAUAACACCUCAUCUGUUCACAAAAGUAAUUUCAUGUUUUUGGGUGAAAUUUCAAAUAACUGCACCCUGAACUUAUCUGCACUUAAUUUAUCUGAUGGAUUAAUAGAAAAGAAAAAUAUAUGAAGAAAUUAGAAGGCAGGACCACAAAUAUGGAGAAGGCAGCUAAAGAAAUUCAAAUGGAAAACACAGGACAAUCAGAAAAUCCUAGUGCAGCAGAACUGUGCCCUUCAACUGAAGAACAGGCAGAAAAACUCUCAAUGUUUUGUUUUAAGAAAAGAAAGAAGUCAUAUAAGAAGACAUUGGAGAUUAAAAGUGUCUGCGAAGAAGACUCUGUAACCUUGAAACAUACAAGCCAAUCCAUCAACGUAGCCCCUGGAGAAGGGGAAGUUUCCAACCAAUCUCAGUCAUCAAGAGGACCCUGGGCAACUAUAAAACGUAUAGUGACACCUAAGAGAAGGUCAAAAUCUUCAAGGAAGCAGACACACUCUGAUUUUCAAGUGCAACUGGAGAUAAAUGCUGAGGAUCCUGGCUUGCAAAGUUUUCCAAAGAAUCGAGUUAGUCCUGGGCUUAAAAUUCCUUGUAUAUGGUUCUCAAGAGGCAAGAAAAAACCCAGCCAUUCUGAAAUAACAGAAGAAUCAGAUUACAGUGUUAAAGCAAAUGAACUGAUGGGCAUUUUGAAUAAAGCUAACAGUGAACCAGAGGAUUUGGCAGUAACAGUCAAAUCUAGCAUGGAUCAAUCCUUCAGCCAAGCCUCCGAAAAAAGUGACAGGAACUCACUUAAUUCCACUGGGAAGAACGUGCUUUUGGUAGAGUCCAGACCAGACACUGAUCAACACAUACAGUGCAUCGUUCAGUCAGAAAUAACAAAUCCAGAGGCAGUUGCUAUAAUGCUCCAGGAAAAGCUACACCUGAAGAGCCUACAUGAAACUCCUGAACAUACACCUGUAGCAAACAAGGGAGUUGAUCUCAAUACCACUCUUAGCGCUAAUGUUUCUAAGGACCUACCAGAUAACGUAGCUGAAGCCGCAGAGGUACAAGAAACAAAUAACAGCGAUGGCACAAGGCUUGAAUAUAAAGAAUCUGGAAGGAACAUAAAUGGUAGUGAAGACUGUCAAUCCAGAGAGAGAAUAAUGAGUUUCAAUCAGUCGGCAUUUAAAGAUGAUGGAGUAAGCGUGCAGAGCUGUUUAAGUGAACAAUGGAAAUUAGAAGAAAACAAGGACACUAGUGGAGUGAGCAUUGUGAUUACGAUUACUGAAGCAGAUGAUGAGCCUGAUGAAGAGGAGUCAAACCAGGACUGCAAGCUGUCUUCAACUUCUUCAUGUGAACAUAAGCAAAAGGAGAAUAAAAAAAUAAGUGGGAACUUCAAUUUCAGUGAACUUUCUAAUCGCAAAGAGGGCACAGUAACGGGUAGUGGCCCCAGGAGGGAGGCUAAAGUCUGUUCUCCUGCUCGGUCACUCAGUGGUCUCAGUGAUCAGGAGCACGGAACUUCAGAACAGUAUGAAUUGCUUCUGAUAGAAACUGCUGCUUCACUUGUUAAGGCCGCGAUUCAGUCAUCUAUGGAACAGCUGGUUAAUGAAAUGGCUUUGGACCAUAGUAAACAUAACAGUGUUCUGUAAUGACAAGACUGCCCCAAAAUACAGUAUGACUCAACAGCAGCAAUUUAAAACUAUUUAGCACCAAGAUGAAAGGCCAGAAACAGUCUUAACUCCUUAGGUAUUUGGGGUCUGUGUGUAGUGUAUUUCUGCAUGCUGGAUAUGCCAUUGUGUGUCUGUAAAAUGGAUCCAAGAAUAAGGACUCAGUCCUGCAAAGCGUUGACAGGCUCAUGGCAUUGGGCUUUAACACAUUGUGAUUGUUGAUAGCUGUGGAAAAGGUAAGUUGUUUUAGUGGGUGUAUUUCAAUUUGUGUUUCUUGCCAUUUGGGGGCUCUAUUACAUCACUAUAUAUUUUAGAUUUUCUCCUAUUGUUUACAUUUUAUUUAUUAUACAGUAUCUGUCAAAGGCCGCAGGGGUUACUGAGCACUCUCAACUGUAUUGGGCCUGGUCUUGUACUCAUCAUAAUCAGUUGGAGUUUUGCCAUUGAUUUCAAUGGCAACAAGAUUGGGCCUAUUGACUUCAG